AUGGAGGUGGAUCUUGCUGCCUAUUUGCUGCGCACUUUCGACUCGAAGGCGAAGCAGAAGCAGCAGCUGCGGGUUUUGCUGUUUGUAAAUACAAUUUCUUAUGUCUACAGACUCGAGUCCCUGCUCGGGUUUAGCAGCAGCAACUACGGGCUGCUGGUGAGCAGCGACGUUGCUGCUAGGGGUUUGGACUUCAAGAAAGUUGAAAAGGUUAUAAACUUCCAACCCCCUCGAGAUGCAGAAACCCUAAUUCACAGAUGCGGCAGAACGGCGAGAGCAGGCCAAGACGGGGAGGCGGUUUGCUUCGUGGGCAGCUGGGAAGCCCUUCGGUGGCAAACCCUUUUUGCUGCAGCAGAAGUGGACUUCUCUCUUUGCUGCUGGCCAUUAGGGUUUAGUGAUUUCUGUUCAUUUAAAAAAAAAGAAGAAAUGAAAACCCUUUUCAAACUCGCCGCCCUCGUGGAGCAGGAGCAGCACCAGGGCGAGAAGCAGCAGCGCACGGCGGCGCUGCUGCAGCGGCUUGCUGCAGCAGCAGAAAUUGAAGUUGAAAAUGAAAACCCUCGAGAAGAAACUCAAGAAAAAGAAAUUAUAAAUAAAUUCAAAAACAAAAACAAACUCAGGCAGCUCCGCCAGAUGCUGGCCACUUUCGUCCCCUAA